UGAGGGAGGCGGUGGCGGCGGCGGCGGCGGCGAUGUCGGUGCAGGUGGCAGCCCCCGCUGUGGAGCUGAAGGAGCUGAGCGGCCCCAUGGAUAAAGCAGCGGGGCCGCCGUGCGAGCCGGUGGCCGCUCACCCUCCCGGGCACGGCGUGGCCGCGGCCCCUUGCCCGCUACCGGCUACCGAGCGUGAGGCGGCCCCGGCGUCCUCUUCCUCCGGUGGCGGCGAGCGGCCUCCCCUCAGCGGCUGCCCCGGCUUGUCCGCCGCCACCAAGGUACCGCAGGCUUCGGCCAUGAAGCGGAGCGACCCGCACCACCCCCAGCACCGGCACCGCGACGGUGGCGACGGCGGCGGCGGCCCGGCGGCCGAGGCGCUCGUCAGCCCCGACGGCACCGUCACCGAGGCGCCGCGCACCGUCAAGAAGAUCCAAUUCGCCGACCAAAAGCAAGAAUUCAACAAGCGCCCGACGAAGAUCGGCCGCCGGUCGCUCUCCCGCUCCAUCUCGCAGUCCUCCACAGACAGCUACAGCUCAGCUGCCUCCUACACAGACAGCUCUGACGAUGAGACCUCCCCCCGGGACAAGCAGCAGAAGAACUCCAAAGGCAGCAGUGAUUUUUGUGUGAAAAACAUAAAGCAGGCAGAAUUCGGGCGCCGAGAGAUUGAAAUUGCCGAACAAGAAAUGCCUGCUCUGAUGGCUUUGAGGAAGAGAGCUCAGGGAGAGAAGCCGCUGGCCGGGGCCAAGAUCGUGGGCUGCACACACAUCACAGCGCAGACGGCCGUGCUGAUGGAGACCCUGGGCGCGCUGGGGGCGCAGUGCCGAUGGGCUGCCUGCAACAUCUACUCUACCCUCAACGAAGUGGCUGCUGCCCUGGCCGAGAGCGGGUUCCCUGUCUUUGCCUGGAAAGGAGAAUCUGAAGAUGACUUCUGGUGGUGCAUCGAUCGCUGCGUCAACGUGGAAGGGUGGCAGCCCAACAUGAUCUUGGAUGACGGGGGAGAUCUGACUCACUGGAUUUACAAGAAAUAUCCCAACAUGUUUAAGAAGAUCAAGGGGAUCGUAGAGGAGAGCGUGACUGGUGUCCACAGGCUGUACCAGUUGUCCAAAGCGGGGAAGCUCUGCGUCCCAGCCAUGAACGUCAACGACUCGGUCACAAAGCAGAAGUUUGACAACCUCUACUGCUGCAGAGAGUCCAUCCUGGACGGCCUGAAAAGGACAACAGACAUGAUGUUUGGAGGAAAGCAAGUAGUGGUUUGUGGCUACGGGGAGGUUGGAAAGGGCUGCUGUGCUGCCUUGAAGGCCAUGGGCUCCAUAGUGUACGUGACAGAGAUCGAUCCGAUCUGUGCCCUCCAGGCCUGCAUGGAUGGAUUCCGGCUCGUGAAACUCAAUGAAGUCAUCAGACAAGUUGACAUUGUCAUCACCUGCACAGGCAACAAGAACGUGGUGACCAGGGAACACCUGGACCGCAUGAAGAACAGCUGCAUCGUCUGCAACAUGGGGCACUCCAACACCGAGAUCGACGUGGCCAGCCUGCGUACACCCGAGCUCACCUGGGAGAGGGUGAGGUCCCAGGUGGACCAUGUCAUCUGGCCAGACGGGAAGAGAAUAGUCCUUCUGGCGGAGGGCCGCCUGCUGAACCUGAGCUGCUCCACCGUCCCCACCUUCGUCCUGUCCAUCACCGCCACCACGCAGGCUUUGGCUUUGAUAGAGCUCUACAACGCUCCCGAGGGCCGCUACAAGCAGGACGUGUACUUGCUGCCCAAGAAAAUGGAUGAGUACGUGGCGAGCCUUCACCUCCCAACCUUCGAUGCCCACCUGACAGAACUAACGGAUGAACAAGCAAAAUACUUGGGACUGAACAAGAACGGACCUUUCAAACCAAACUACUACAGAUAUUAAGUUCCUGCCGCUGUAUCCCGGGAAAUCGCGAGGAACAAGAACCCGAGUCUUUUUCUCAACUACUGUACAGGAUGAAAACAGCGCAAGCUUCCUAAGUUAGAGCUGGGCUUGCUCACAUCGUAGACAGUGUGUUUAGGUUAUUUAUUUAUUAAAUUAGAAUACUGUA